AUGGCACUCUCUCGUCGCAUGGCCGCCUCCGCCCUCCUCCUCCUGGUUCUCCUCGUCGCCACAGACAUGGGGACGACGAAGGUGGCGGAGGCGAGGCACUGCCUGUCGCAGAGCCACAGGUUCAAGGGCACCUGCAUUAGGAACGGCAACUGCGCCAACGUGUGCAUGACGGAGAACUUCCCCGACGGCGAGUGCCAGACUCGGGGCCUCGAGCGCAAGUGCUUCUGCAAGAGGGUCUGCUAGCCGGCCGGCCGGCCGCCGCAUUGCUGCCUCUCUGCCGGCGAUUAGUUCCUCCGUUGGAUCGAUUAGUUGUUCCUGUGUUGCUAAUCUUGUGCGCGCCCGUCUCUGCUGUUCUAGUUAUUAGUUGUUUCCUCCGCGCGUUUAGAAUAAAGUAGACCCUGAAAUUAAGUGCUGCUCGGGACCGCGAGAGAUUUUGCGCGUGCAAAAUCAAAACCUCGCACCGUUGCGGCUCUGCGUCCGGAGGUCUGUCUACGUAAUUCAGUGUCUCCUCGUGCUUGUCAAGAUGCUGCUGCUGCCAUGUAAGCUCGUUCCAUG